CUAAAGGACUGCGAGGCUGAAGUGCGGGCAGCUGCCGCUCGCAAGGUCAAGGACUUCUGCCAGAAUUUGCCUCCUGAAGUGCAGGAGCAGCUGAUUAUGAGCAACAUCCGGCCCUACGUCAAGGACCUCGUCUCUGACCCAAAUCAACACGUCAAGUCGGUCCUGGCCUCCGUCAUCAUGGGUCUCUCUCCCAUCUUACGCAAGCAUAACACCGUGGAGCACCUCCUCCCACUGUUCCUCUCGCAGCUCAAGGACGAGUGUCCCCAGGUUCGACUCAACAUCGCCUCCAACCUAGACUGCGUCAACGAGGUCAUUGGCAUCCAGCAGCUUUCGCAGUCUCUGCUUCCAGCCAUCGUCGAGCUGGCUGAAGACUCCAAGUGGCACGUGCGGCUGGCUAUCAUUGAGUACAUGCCACUGCUGGCGGGCCAGCUGGGUGCAGAGUUCUUUGACGAGAAGCUUAAUGCGUUGUGCAUGACAUGGUUGGUGGACCAUGUGUUCGCCAUACGUGAGGCGUCCACUCAAAACCUGCGCAAGCUGGUUGACAAGUUUGGCAAGGACUGGGCCCAGGCCACCUGUCGGACGACUCCAUCCAAUUGA